AUGCUGAAUCCGCUGGCUAGCGAUGAGCAGGUGCGAUGCACGCCAUCACGCCGGGAUGGCGUCUCGGUCGAAGCGGAAGAUGCGAUCUGCGCGCAUGCCUGUCAGCGCAUCCAACAGGCGGGCGUCAUACUGCGACUUCCCCAGGCUGCGAUGGCGACGGCCCAAGUGCUAUUUCGCCGGUUCUGGUUCGUCGCGUCCAUCCAACGCUUCGAUGUACGCAUUGUGAGUGAGGGUGCCCUGCUUCUCGCGUGCAAACUUGUCGAAGUGCCACACAGUUUCCGCGAGAUGCACCUUGUAUUUGACUAUCUCCAUGGGCGACGUGCUGACGAUGCACGAGACGCGGUGCUCACGGCUGAGAUGCAAGUGCUCAAGCGACUUGGCUUCCAUGUCCACGUCGAAUUGCCGUAUGCCCUCAUGAUCAACUAUCUCCAAACCAUGGGCAUAUUGCAUGCGACGGUCGCGUCUAAGCAGGCGCCCAUCCGCGUCCAAUGUGUGCAAGUGGCAUGGAACUACCUCAGUGAUGCACUCCAAACGCCCGUGUAUUGCCUGUUUCCCGUGCACACGAUCGCAUGUGCAUCGAUUUACCUUUUAACGCUCGAGAAUGCAUGGUAUGAAGCGCUGGCACUGCCCAUGGAGCCGCGCCCAUGGUGGGAACUAUUUGACACGACGCGACCGGAACUGCGGGCCGUGGGAUCACACGUCAUGCACUUGUAUGCGACGAGCGAAGCUGUGCCGCAAUGA